AUGGCUAAGUCCAAGCCCAUUGGUCUCAAGUGGAGGUCCAGCACCCUCUUCAUCGUCAGCACCGUCGGCAUCGGCUUGUUCACAGACCUCUUCUUGUACGGCCUCGUCGUUCCAAUAUUGCCCUUCAUCCUACAAGACCGCGUCGAUUUACCCCCCGAUCAGAUCCAGAGCCAUGUCUCGGGCCUACUCGCAGCCUACGCAGGCGCCAGCGUGCUCUUCUCACCGCCGGCGGGAAUCCUCGCGGACAGACUGCCUACGCGCCAAUUGCCGUUCCUCGUCGGGCUGGUAGCCUUACUACUGGCUACACUGCUCCUUUUCCUGGGCCAGAAUGUCGCCGUCUUGACCGUCGCGCGUGUCUUGCAAGGUAUUAGCGCUGCUGUGGUGUGGACGAUUGGGCUGGCUCUGGUGCUUGAUACUGUCGGUCCGGAAAACCUGGGAAAGACGAUCGGUUCCAUCUUUGGCUUCAUCUCGAUUGGCGAGUUGGCGGCUCCUGUUCUGGGAGGCAUCAUUUACAAAUCUGCAGGCUAUGGAGGUGUAUUCGGACUAGGCUUCGCCAUCCUAGCCCUCGAUUUCAUCAUGAGAAUUCUGAUCAUCGAGAAGAAGACUGCUGCCAAAUAUGAGGACGAAGAAGAAGAAGUAUCCAAUGGCCAUGCCGCGCAGCCAGAGCAAGAUGCCGAGGAUGGGGACGAAGAGACCGAGGAGGAUCCGCUCAUCCGAAAAGAACAAAGCCAAGAAUACAAGAUCCCGCCCGAUCAACCGAAAGCGAUACGCUCAUUCCCAAUCCUGUACUGCCUAAAAGACCCACGACUUCUCACCGCCCUUUUGUUGGCCUUUGUGCAAGCAACCUUGUUGGCAACCUUCGACGCUACGAUCCCAACAGAAGCUCAAGAGCUUUUCAACUUCGACUCCCUAAGCGCCGGGCUCCUCUUCAUUGCAUUGGUCCUGCCUUACCUAGUGCUUGGGCCCGUCGCAGGGUGGGCCGUCGAUCGCUAUGGCCCUAAGCCUGCCGCGGUCAUUGGCUUCGGAUACCUCGUGCCUGUCCUGGUUCUGCUCCGGCUGGUCCGUUCGGGCGGGAAGUCUCAAAUCAUUGUGUACUGCGCUUUGCUUGCACUUUGCGGGCUUGGCAUGGGGGUCAUCGGAUCGCCGUCUAUUGUUGAGGCGUCUUAUGUCGUUGGAAUGUACGACAAGUCGAACCCCGAGCUCUUCGGCGCCAAUGGACCUUACGCUCAGCUCUACGGUAUCAAUUCGAUGGUUUUCAGCGCUGGAUUGACCGUUGGGCCACUCAUUAGCGGAUCAUUAAAGGACGCUGCCGGGUACGGAAACAUGAACCUGGUGGUGGCCGCUUUGUGUUUGCUCACGGCUAUCUUGUCUUUCAUCUAUGUGGGUGGAAAACCUGCCAUGUUGAAGAAGAGACGUGGGUAG